AUGCUAUGGCUACCCAUAGAAACCAUAAAUGCCAGUAGACUAGAUAUGCCACUACACAAGCUUUUGUUCUCAGCCACACUUUCUCAGAACCCAGAGAAACUCCAGCAACUUAAUUUGUUUCAACCAAAGCUGUUUACUGCAGGUUUAAAAGAACGGGUGGAAAUUGAAUCAGUUAAUUUGACAUCAGAGAAAACAGGAGAGGAAGAUGGACUGGCAAGGAUAGAAGGUGGCUUUGUUGGAAAAUACACUACACCUGUUGGAUUAAGUGAAUAUUUCAUCCAGGUGGCAGCUCAAGACAAACCACUUGUUGUUCUCCACUUGAUGCACCAUUUGAAGUUCAGACAUGUCCUGUGCUUUACCAACUCAGUAGAGGCCACUCACAGAUUGUUUCUACUUGUCAAACUUGUAGGUGGUCUAGAAGUGCGAGAAUUCUCCUCUAGUUUGCAUGCCAUCAAGAGAAAUCGCAUCCUCAAACAGUUUGCAGCUGGGAAAAUUGAUCUCUUGGUUUGCUCUGAUGCCAUGGCCAGAGGUAUGGAUGUGGACAAUGUCCAGUAUGUGCUGUCCUAUGACUCUCCACCAUAUAUAAAGACAUAUAUCCACAGGGUAGGGAGGACUGCCAGAGCUGGGAAAGUGGGAACAGCUGUCUCCCUGUGUGAAAAGAAGGAGAAUGAACUGUUCCCAGCCGAAUUCAACUGA